UUCGGCCCCGCCCGGCCCCAUGCGCCUUAGAAAGCCCAGCCCAUUGAGGAGCCUUAACCUAUUCUAUUCCCUCAUCUAUAAAACGACGCCACAUCUCUAUCCCUACGCUUUUCGACUUGGCUUUCCUGCACGCUCUAGCCUUCCGCUUUCAUCUCAUGCUCGAUUUCCCCUGUUCAGUUCUUUCUUAGCCAAAUAGACAUCUCUAGACUAGUUCUGUCCAACUCUCAAACAGUUACAGCUUUCCUCUACUUCUCGGAUCGACGCAGAUCGAACCAAAUCACAUGGAAUUGGAUCGCUACCCAGCGAUGAAGCGGAUUCUAGAGGAGUAUAGUGAGAUUGAAUCCAAACCCUCCGACGAUCGAGUCGGAUCGACGCAGAUCGAACCAAAUCAAAGGGAAUUGGAUCGCUACCCAGCGAUGAAGCGGCUUCGUAAGAUUAAAUCCAAACCCUCCGAUCAAGUCGGAUUUACUCGGCCCUCCCGAUUGACUCGGAUUCUAGAGGAGUAUAGAGAGAUUGAAUCCAAUCCCUCCGACGAUUUCAAGUGUGGCAUGCUCGAGCGGAACCCAUAUAAAUGGCAAUUUGGAUUCCGAGGCAUUUUUGGAACAGAAUUCGAGGGUGGGGUUUAUCAUGGGUGGAUCCAGUUUCCGGAGGAGUAUCCAUUGAAGCCUCCUUCAUUCACGUUUUUGACGGAAAAUGGUCGCUUCAAACCCUACAACAAGAUCAGGAUAAGGCGACUGAAUGAUUGGCAGCCAUCAUGGGGGGUGCGAGACGCUUUAGAUGCACUUAUGGAUGAAAUGCCCACCUACCCAGAUGGUGAAUUGGGUUCAGUAGAAUACAAUAAGGAAGAAAGGCGUGUUCUGGCCAUCAAAUCUCGUGCAGCACCUCCAAAAUAUGGCAGUUCUGAACGGCAGAAGUUAAUUGCUGAGAUUCAUAAAUAUCUGCUAAGCAAGUCACCACCUGUUCCUGUUCCUCAACUGAGCCCCUCACAGGUCUCCAACGGCACAGGCGGCAGCUUUGUCGUCAACGGUGGCUAUGUCGUCAGUGGGAAUACAUUUCAUGCUACCAACUCCAACGGGGUAGGAAUUUUGGAUUCUAUGAACGCCUUCUCCGACGACUCCGACGAAGGCCACAAGCUUUUACCUUCUUGGCUAAAACUUUUUAGGUGGAGAAAGCAAAACUAGACGUCUGUGAACAGGACCAAGAGUGAUGAACUGAGGUGAUAAAGUCUGUAGCGUAGCUUCUGUCCUGUAGCUGUAGUAGUAAAUUGAAAUUGAAAAUGUGCAUUCUAGUUUAAUGAAUAUUCUUGUCUCUUGCUGCUAAAACUUCUCUGCUUCUAGUUAAUGAAUACCCAAGGCCUUAUUAUGAUGGAUCCAA